AUGGCAGAAAUCAAAGAGUACACCUUGAAGGAGGUGACUGAGCACAACACUGAGAAGGACCUCUGGAUCAUCAUCGAUGGCAAUGUCUACGACGUUACGAAAUAUACUCUGGAUCACCCUGGUGGUGUGGAAUCGCUGGUAGAGGUAGCUGGACAAGAUGCUACCACAGCCUUCGAAGACGUUGGUCAUUCCGACGAGGCUAGAGAGAUCAUGGAACCUUUCCUUAUUGGACGAUUGGCGGGGUUCACAAAGACAGCUCGCAAGCAGGCAGUCCAGAUCGUCCGCAAGGAAUCAGCUCCUACUCAAAGUCAUAUGCCUAGCAUCAAAACAUUGAGUACGGUUGGGGCCGCAAGUCUGCUUGCUGGUACAGCUACUGCAGUCGCCUACAGAAUCCAUGGUCGCAUUCACAUUCCUGGAGCUCACAAAUAUCUGCACAAGCUCAACCUUGACAAGCUCAACUUCUUGCAAUCCGACAAUGGUUUUCUCAAGGGCUUCUUACUGGCUAGUGUGUUCUCAGCAGCAUUUGGCGCAGGCUUCGCAUCCUACAUCUCAAAAAUCACAACUAUCCCUGGUGGAUUUGGGCGAACUCCGAUGUACAAGCGAGUUCCAAAGUUGCCUCUCAGACAUUACGUUGGUUUCUUGAAGAGCAAUGAAUUUCAGCCAUUGCCCUUGAAAUCAAAGCAAAUACUUCGCGGAACAGGACUCGUUCGUUUGACCUUCGAACUUCCAACUCCGACAACCAGACUUGGCCUGCCCAUCGGCCAGCACGUUGCCAUCCAGGCAAAGAUUGGAGAGCAAACAGUGACACGUUCAUACACACCAACUUCGAACGACACCGAUCUUGGCGAGCUGGUUCUCCUCAUUCGAAUCUACGACGAAGGUCUUCUGACUGGGCGAUACCUUGCGCAGCUCAAGGUCGGUGAUCAAGUACUUUUCCGUGGUCCGAAGGGUGCCAUGAAGUACAANAAGGGCUACGCCAAGAAGAUUGGCAUGGUUGCUGGCGGCACUGGAAUCACUCCUCAUUAUCAACUCAUCAGAAGUAUUUGUGAGGACAGGACCGAUACCACAGAAGUUUCAUUAGUGUAUGCAAACCGUACUGAGGACGACAUCUUGCUCAGAUCGGAGCUGGAUGCCUGGGCCAAAGCAUACCCUAAGAACCUCAAGGUACAUUACAUGCUCGACAACCCACCUGAAGGUUGGCAGUACGGUAGCGGUUUUGUUACAAAGGAUGUUCUCGAACAGCACAUGCCUGCUCCUUCAUCUGAUGGUUCUUCAAAGAUUCUCCUUUGCGGCCCGCCUGGGAUGAUCAACGCCACGAAGAACAACUUGGUUGAUCUGGGCUGGAAGAAGCCUGGUGCAGUUGGCAAGAUGACCGACGACAUUUUCACCUUCUGA